UUUACGACAAAGGCAAAUUCCAAAAUUCAAAUUUUAACUAUAAACAAAUUGGAAUUAGUCUGAAAAUUUGAAGUUGUUCGAAGGAAAUUCGAGAAAAUAUGAACGAUUACAAGGAGACUGUGACAGAGGAUCAUAUAAAAUUGGUAGAAAGUAUAAAUAAUCGAGUCAACAGUAUAUACAAACAAUUAUCAGAAUUUGAAGAGUGCAUAGAUCCUAACACUUCCGAAGACUUUGGUGAUUCUUAUAAUAAAAUAAUGGACCUUUUGGAAUCACUGGAUGACAUACAGGAAGCGGCACAAAUGCUAAGGCCAUACAAUUUGAAUCUACGCCUACGACAGCAAUCAUUAGAUGAGCAAAUCAAAUGUUUGGAACAAUCUGUACAUUUAAUGAAACUAGAAACGGGGAAAAUGUCAAAAAAUCCCGAAGAAAUGGGAGAGUAAAGAAUAUUGUGGAGUCUAAUCAACUAGUACAUACAAGGCAGCCCUCAGUGUCAUAUUCCAUAGAGAGAUAAGACUUUUGCUGUUACAUACAACUGCUGUUAACUAUUGCUGCCAGACAGUGUACAUUUAAACACCGUUCUUGUAAGUCUAUAGUAGUCUGAGAUUAAAAAGAAAUGAACUUAUGCAUUUAAAUACAUACAUAUUUUUUUAAAAUGUAA